AUGGUCGCCGCAAAGAAGCACGUCCCUAUCGUCAAGAAGCGUAUGUUCCCGAUCGCGUACCCCGUCUACGACCCUUGUACCAACCGCUUCAACCGCCACCAGUCCGACCGCUUCAAGUGUGUGCCGUCGGCAUGGCGCAAGCCUAAGGGUAUUGACAAUGCCGUCCGCCGGCGCUUCAAGGGCCAGGCUGCCAUGCCCUCGAUCGGCUACGGCAGCAACAAGAAGACCCGCCACAUGAUGCCCUCGGGCCACAAGGCCUUCCUCGUCCAGAACCCCAAGGAUGUCGAGCUCCUCCUCAUGCACAACCGCACCUACGCUGCCGAGAUCGGCCACGCCGUCUCGUCCCGCAAGCGUGUCGACAUCCUCGCCAAGGCCAAGGCCCUCGGCGUCAAGGUUACCAACCCCAAGGGCCGUGUCACCACCGAGGCCUAA